AUUGGCUACCGUUUCAAUCCCACUUGUCGGUAUAAAAACAGCCGAUUUCGCGCGAAAUUCAUUCUAAGGAUUUACAGUUGAAGCAUAAGGACGUAUCUAACCUAAACGCAUAACUACAACGAUGUCUGGACGAGGAAAAGGCGGAAAGACUAAGGCUAAGGCCAAGAGCCGAUCUAACAGAGCAGGACUUCAAUUCCCAGUAGGCAGAAUCCACAGACUUCUCAGAAAAGGAAAUUACGCCGAGCGAGUUGGAGCUGGAGCUCCCGUGUAUCUCGCUGCUGUUCUGGAAUAUCUGGCGGCCGAAGUUCUGGAGUUGGCUGGAAAUGCAGCUAGAGACAACAAGAAGACGAGAAUCAUUCCCCGUCAUUUGCAAUUAGCCAUCAGGAAUGAUGAGGAGUUGAACAAAUUGCUGUCGGGAGUAACGAUCGCCCAGGGUGGAGUUCUACCCAACAUCCAGGCUGUCCUUCUGCCCAAGAAGACCGGAGCUGCUAAAGGAAAGUCAUCACAAUCCCAGGAGUUCUAAAUAUCGGAGAACUUCCUAAUACCUUCAACGGCCCUUUUCAGGGCCAACCAUCUCGCUCGAAAAGCUUUCGAGAAGCCUCGAGAUACGCAUUUAAACAUUUAGUAGCUGACUAACUUUGAUUGACAUCAAAUGUGUUUUUACAGACGUUUUGAACGAUGUAAUUGUGUAUUAUCCAAUACUUUUUUUUUGCAAAACGAUUCUGUGUCGCGUUGUGAAAGAGGGUAAACGUCCUAAAUAAUGACCUGCUAAUUUGAAACUAGAGAACACUGCAAAAUGGGCCCGUCUGACAUUACUAUGAUGCCAAAUUAUGUGCAAUUUUUAUCCAACAAUAAAUUUAUUGCACACAUCUUUAAA